AUGUUUCAUAUAUCUGAUUUAACACAUUAUAUGAAAACAGAUUCAAGAAGAAAUUAUUCAUUUCCACGAAUUGUUAAUAAUGAAUAUUUAACAGUAUCAGUGAUUAGUUUUUGUAAUUUACAUAAUGAUUGGAUUGUUCAAAUUAAAUGGAUUGAUGAUCUAGAUUUCUUUGUAUCAUGUGCAUUAACAUCAACACGAAAUUUAUAUAUUGGAGAUUUAAAUAAAAAAAUGGAAAAAUAUGCUGUAACGAAGAAAGGUUUUGCUGUUUUUGAUUAUUGUAAGGCUCAUCGAUCAAUAGUCACUGGUAGUAAUGAUGGUGUCAUUCGUUUUUGGGAUCCAUUUGUUACAGAACGAGCUGCUGCUAUAUUACGUGGACAUAAUUCUUCUGUUACUCAUUUAGUUGUCGAUAAUCGAGAAAAUCAUAUAAUUCGUAUUGAUAAAGGAAAAAAUAUUAUUAUUUGGGAUGUUCAAACAUUAAAAACAAUUCAACGUAUAUCACAUACAAUUUUUGAUUUAUCUGGACAAGAUUUAACAAUAUGUUAUUUAAAUCCAACUCAACAACGUUUAAUUAUAGGCAACAGAAAACUUCUUUCAUUAUCACAUAUAAAUGAAUCAUAUAUUCAUCAUGAACGAACAUCACAUAUAUAUUCAAUAACAAAAAUAUUAUAUAAUCCUUUAUUUGAUGUUAUUAUAUCAUGUGAUGAAGGUUCAACUAUAAAUAUAUGGAAUAUAAGAACAGGUGAAAAAAUAAUGCAUAUAUUAAAUGCACAUGUUACACAAUUUGAUGAAUAUAAUGAACAUGCUGUAGAAAUAACAACAAUGUGCUUAGAUGAAUCUAAACGUCGUUUAAUAACAGGUGCACAUGAUAGUUCGUUAGCAUUAUGGAAUUUUAAUAAUGGUCAUAAUCUUUAUCGUGUUAAUUCAAAUGAAAUACAUGUAAAAGAAAUAACAACGUUAUUACAUGAAAAUGAACGUUUAUUUGUUGCCGGUUGGUCAAGACGAAUUCAAGUAUUUCAUUUUGGUAAAUCAGUUGUUAUUCGACAAGUUGAUGAAUUUCGAUCAUUACAUAACGAUGAUAUCUUAUCGAUGAGAAUAAUGAUGAAUAUUCUAGCUACUGCAAGUUAUGAUGGUGAUAUUAUUUUAUGGACUAUUGAAACAGGAAUGUCAUUUAUGAAAUUAAAUUCAGUUCAAGAUGUUAAACCAAAACUGAUAUCACUCUCAUGGCUUUAUAAACAAACGAGAAAUAAAUUCAUUUUACAUGUAAGUGUCAUAUCACGAUAUAUCUAUAGUUUACCAAAACAAAUUCCUGAAGAUAUACGUCGAGUUGGUUCAGCUACAACACUUGAAUUACUUCGCGGUGAUGUUGGAAAACGAUGGAAAUUAUUAAAACAUACGAUUGUUGCAUGGACUUCAUUACCUAUUUUUCGAUAUUUUUAUCAAAAUAAAGAUUCUGAAAUUCAAAAGACAUCAAAUCAUAUACAACCACAAUCAAAUAUUCAUCAUGAAUCAAAUGAUUCUACAAUAAAUCAUGUACGAAAAUUAGAUAUUGAAGAAAAACGAGAAUGGAUACAACGUCGAGAACGUCUUCAACAAAUAAUUAAAUUAGAUCGUGUAAAUUUUAUUCCAAUUACUAAAAAAAAAUCCGUUGAAACAAUGCUUAAAAAUCAACGAGAGAAUUUAGGUAUAACAAUGCCUAUACUUGGUCAAUACAGUCGAAAAUAUAUGCAACAUAGACCAAUAUCAAACUUCAAUCAUUUACAAAUUCAUGGUGGAAAGGCUAUUAUCUACUCAUUAUUACCAUUAGCAUCAUCACCAGAUAAUAUUCCACGAUUUACAUUAGAUUCUGACGAAAUUCAAAAUGAUAUUUUAUUAGAAUAUGUUGAUACAAAAUUCCAAGACAAUGAAGCAAACGAACAUUUACAACAACAACGAAUUGAUAAACAUUCAAUGAUUCAGUCGAAUGAAAUUUUUCUCAGUGAUGAUAAAUUACCAAGAAUUAAAAGAAAUCAAGAUAUUCAAAUAUGUCCAUCAAUUAAAUUACAAACAAAUACUUUUUCAUUAAAAUAA